CCACCACCAAAAGCAGCCGGUUUUGGUUCGCAGCAGGCCCGUGGGCUAUGACGCAUGCGCGGGGAGCUUCUUCUCCUGCUCAGUUUGCAACUGGAGAGCAUAAACGCCCACGGUUCCUCCAAACACGUGUAUCGAUCGGGUGGCCUUCGCAUGCGCACAUAUACGCACACGCUUUACCUUUUCCACAUCACUGCAUUGCAUCCCUCUGACUGCACGGCUGACUGGGCAGCUGCCGCAUGUUUCAGAUCGGCAUACCAGCUUUGCUGACACCUCAUCCCGGUACAUUCGUGAUCUGCUCGCACCGCUCUUUUGGUUCUCUGGGAUAACACCUCCCACUGCACUCUUUUGAUCACCCUCCAGGAUUUGACGGAAGAAGAUCACAGGUCGUCCCCUUGUUUCCUCCACCAGCAACCAUACCGGACUAGCGACACCUAUCUGGUCAAGAUGGUGCUAGGUCAUCGCAAGAGCUCUUCCGUGACCUCGGGCAGAGAGGAUGGCGAAGCAGGCGACGAGACCGUUGUCAGUGAAGAGCAGGGAAAUGUUUUAAUGCACAUCAUCUCACAGCUCCGUCCAGGGGCGGAUUUGAGUCGUGUCACAUUGCCGACUUUCAUCCUGGAGCCCAAGUCCAUGCUGGAGAGGAUCACCAACUUCAUGGCACACCCAGAGACACUUCUACAAAUCCCCGCGAUUGAGGACCCCGUCGAGAGAUUCGUAGCUGUGACCAGAUUCUACCUGGCUGGCUGGCAUAUCAAACCUGCUGGAGUCAAGAAGCCUCUCAACCCUAUCUUAGGUGAGGUCUUCACGGGUUACUGGAACUAUCCCGACAGCACACGAGGAUACUACAUCGCUGAACAGACAAGUCACCACCCGCCAAAGUCAUCAUACUUUUUUGCGGCCCCUGAACAUCACAUUCGCAUCGAUGGGACUCUGAAGCCCAGGAGUAAAUUUCUGGGCAACAGCGUCGGUUCGUUUAUGGAGGGUAUCGCUGUUGUACGGUUUCUGAAUCGUAACGAACGAUACUUCGUCACGCAACCCAACAUGUACGCGCGAGGGAUCUUAUUUGGCAAAAUGAAAUAUGAGUUGGGAGAUAACGCGGUCGUCCGCUGUCCGGAGACUGGUUUAGAGGCGAACAUUGAGUUCAAAGUCAAGGGCUGGGUCAGUGGAACAUACAACGCUAUUGGUGGACACAUUAGUCACCGGAGCGGGAAGCACUUGUACGAGCUCAGCGGUUUCUGGCACGGAGAGAUGUUUAUCAAGGAUCUUGCGACAGGCAAGAAGGAAUUGCUCUUCAACGCAUCUCACGCGAAACCAAGUCCGGUCCAGACCAGGCCAAUGGAAGAGCAAGGCCUACGUGAGAGUCAACGCCUAUGGCAUUCAACAGUCGAUGCCAUCAAGCGUGCCGACCAAAAGACAGCCACCGAUGAGAAAAGCAAAAUUGAGGACGAGCAACGACGAGAAGCUGCUGCACGCGGUGAAGGAAGCGUGUGGGACCCGAAACUCUUCAAAGCCGCGCCGGCUGGCGAUGAAGAAACUCUCGACUGGGUCAUCAGUGCACACGUGGAUGGUUCAGCACCAGUCGAGAGGCAAAUUGAACAGAUUCUUGCCAUUGCAGAUAUCCUUCCGGGGCAAAAGUCAGGGAAAGAAAGCGAUUCACCCGAAUCUGAUGCCCAGCCAUCACAGCAGACACGGCCAAUUCCAUCACAGCCCGUAGUGGCGCCCACCAGUGACAGCCAACCUGUCGCGACCAACAACACACCCGUCGUUCCUUCCGAGCUAGCGGAGGGAGCAGCAACAACCACGUCAGCAGGAUCGAAAGUCGUCACAACGACCGCAUCUAGUGUCCCCAUCGACAGAAAUGCUGCCGAGGCGGAGGCAGCAGCAGCGGCACCGCGAAGGCCGGGCGACGUGGUACGGAGGAUGGACAGUUUUGGAGAUGAGGAGACUUUCAUCGAUGCGGAAGGUUGAAGUAAGGAUCUAGCCGAAGUCAUCGUCUGGAGGGAUUGAGCAAGAACCUCUGCACGACAUGAACAGUGAGGCCGGGCGAGGAAACGCCACAGCCUGGAGACAAAGGAAGCUGAAAUCAAAGAGAAGAGCCAUGGAACUCCCGAAAGAGGCGUCAGGCUUCCGAAUAAAAGUCAAUGUGGCCAUCGAGGGGCUCUCGUACAUCGAUGGGUGGAAUGCCAGAAUAAUGAUGAUAGAUGAGGCGGAAAGGCUAUAGGCAUUGGUCUUGCAUGUCGCAUAAUUUUUAUAAUUAGAUCCAAAAGCUGAUUGUCAAUCUUUCUCCUAUCGGGUCCAAACCUGAGCACCUGCAUGCAACAAUACGUUUCGACAGCCGAAUCUAUAUUU